AACUGGUUGACCGCCCCCGCCCCAUCCGCUGCGUCAGACGGACCAAUCACCCCGGAGGUGUUCAGCCGGCGAUGGCGGAGGCGGCGACGGGGGCGGUGCGGGUGCAGAAGGUGCGGGGGAGGUCGGCGCUGACCCGCUGCUUCGCCAGGUACCCGCUCAAACUCAUCGCCCCCUCCAAGAUGGGCCCCGCCUCCUGCGACGCAGUCUGGCUGUACGCCCACUACGGCGGCGGCAUCGUCUCCGGGGAUACCAUCUCGUGCACGGUCAGCGUCGGCGAUGGCUGCACGGCGGCGAUCACCACGCAGGCUUCCACCAAGGUGUACAAGGCUGUGGGCUCAAAAUGUUCUGAGCAGUUGCUAGAGGCCAGGGUUGGAGAAGAUGCCUUGCUUGUUGUUAUUCCUGAACCUGUAACUUGCUACUCAACCGCUCGAUACCACCAGAAGCAAGUUUUUCAAGUCUCUGCCAAUUCAAACUUAGUAGUUGUAGAUUGGUUUACAAGUGGUCGUUAUGAGUGUGGAGAAAAAUGGGAUUUUAGCAUCUACAAAAGCGUCAACCAUAUUUUCUUGGGAGAUCAGCCUCUCUUUAUUGACUCGGUUCUAUUGGAACAAGGUUCAAGUUUUAGCAUUGCCGAGCAGAUGCAGGAAUACAAUGUGAUUGCAAUGGUUGUAUUACUGGGGCCGAAGCUGAAGAGCAUACAAGAACAGAUGCAAGCCGAAGUCCGAAAACUGAUGUCUGGGCAACUGCGCCCUCCCACAUCGGGCGGUAGCCUCUACGCGACGAGAUCGCGACCACCGCAGCGUCCCCAAAGGCCACCACUCAUCGCCUCUUGCAGCCCAUUCGGUCGCACGGGAACAGGCAUGGUCGCUCGGGUAGCCGCGGUGAGCACAGAGCUCGUGUACAGCUUCUUGAGACACCAUCUGGCUGCACUGGAGCCCUUCCUCGGUGCUUCCCCUUAUGCUGCACCAUGAAGUUUACACAGGCGAUCGGUCAAUCAUGAUUGUGGAGUUUCAUUCACUGAUCAAAGUGUCUGAUCGUUGCUGACUAGUUCGGCUUGACUGAAAAUGUUGGAAUUCAUUGGGUACAAAACGUGCUGUAAGCAGAACCAUGUCGCUCCAAUGUGUCCGCGGUGUUUUUUUUUUAUGAAAAAAACGAAAGCUUGUGGCGCGUUUCAUUUUGUCA